AUGUUCAGCAGUUUCAGACUGCCCUAUAGGUCACGGACUAACUUUUUCCGAUCAAUGGACUAUAAGUUUGUUGGAGAUACAUCAAUGUGGAAGGACACUUCAGAUGUGAAUAUGAAUAUGAUUGAGUUUGUGACUUCACCAAACAACCCUGAUGGUCAGUUGAAGAAGGCAGUGCUGAGAGGGUCCUCAGUGAAAACAAUUCAUGAUUAUGCUUAUUAUUGGCCCCAUUUUACAGCAAUUCCAGCACCAGCUGAUGAAGAUCUCAUGUUGUUUACUCUUUCUAAGCUUACUGGCCAUGCUGGCUCCAGAUUUGGGUGGGCAUUGAUAAAGGAUGAGGAAGUUUAUGAGAGAAUGUUAAAGUAUACUGAUCAAAUUAGCUUUGGGGUUUCUCAUGACACCCAGUUAAUAGCAUUGCAGCAACUCAAAGCAAUUUUCCAAGGGAAUAAUGGUAGUGAUAUUUUUGAGUUUGGAUUCACAACAAUGAGGAAGCGCUGGGAAAUUCUGAGCAAGGCAUUAUCAGAAUCGAAUCGCUUCUCUAUCCAAAAAAUUGAACCCCAAUUUUGCACUUUUUAUCAACAACUCAGAGGACCUUCUCCAGCUUAUGCAUGGUUGAAAUGUGAAAGGGAUGAAGAAGAAGAUUGCUAUGAAGUGCUGAGAGAGAAUGGUAUAAUCAGCCGGAGAGGAAGUGUAUAUGGUGCAGAAAGGCGGUAUGUGCGUCUCAGCCUCAUCAAGACCCAGGAUGACUUUGAUUUAUUAAUGCUCCGGUUCAACUCAUUAUUCUCUCAAGAAAAUUAUUAUGGGAUUGAAACUAUUAUGUGA